CCGCAGCCGUUGAACACAAAUGUCAAUGAAAUCGAUGACAAGACGCCUGAGAAGCCGGAACCGCGACAGGCGGUGAUGCCCUACACGUGGAUCCAACCGCCACAAGCCGUGGCACCGGCACCGGUCGCCCCCUCCUGGACGGCAGCUCUGGCCGCUCCCUCUUGGUUCUCGACCAGCGGUCAGUCGCUGUUGUCUCUCCUGAAGCCCAAUGUUGUCGGCGGUCGGCGUUCGUCGCUCUCGAGUCGACUGCGAAAUCUGAUGAACGCUUUGUUUUACCGGCGUGAGACUACAUCACCUUAUAUGACAUCCGGUUCGAGCUAUUCCUAUGCCUUCCGUCCGCCACCCUUUGGCUUUGGCAACAGUGGCUUCUCGACGAGCGGACUCGGAUCGGCUAUUGGUAACCAGAAUCUGUACGGCUCGGCCUCGUCUUACAGACCAGUGGUUUUACCCAAUUAUGGCUCGUCGGCCGCCGACGCCUGGAGUAACUAUAAGCAGAGCUACGGCUCGAGCGCAGCCCAGACACCCUUCUCGGGCACUUCCAGCUGGAACUCAGGCAACAGCGGUAGUGGCUCUCCCUCACAGUCGGGAGCCAUUUGGCAGAGCGGCUCACAGUUGGGCUCAGGACUCGGCUCAGGACUGGGCUCAGGAAUCAGCUCUGGACUCGGCUCAGGACUCAGGGCUCAGGACUCGAGCUCCGGAUCUCAAUACUCGGGAUUGAGCUCUUCGUCAUACCCUCCGUAUUCAAGCGGUUCCGGUUCAUCAAACACUGCAUACCAGGCCUCGGCCUCCAACGCCUACCCCAACACAUCAUACCAGCGCUCAUCGGUUAGCUCUUACAGCAAACCCCAGACCAGUGUAAACACAUCGGUCUCAUCGUCGGUGUCAUCGUCUUCAUCCUCUUCCUCAUCGAGCGCUGCAAAGCCAACGGGAUUUCAGUCUUAAAUAAACAUUAACUCUCUUCACAACAAAACACACAUUUCCUAACAUUUGUUUCGCUCCUCUUUUCUUAAUGUAUUUCUUAAUUAUUUAAACAAAUUCUUUACAAAUCUAUAAUUAUAUUUUUUGAAAUCAUCUUUUCUUGUAAUUAAAAUUAUUUAUUUUAAUUUUUAUGAAUUAAUUAUGUUUUUAUUUUGUAAUGUUGUCGUCGUUUUAAAUCUCAAUCAAAUAUCACAUUAUGUUUUUCG